AUGGACCCGCUCCCGCAACUGCCAGAGCACGAGGUGUGCGUGGUGAACACCUUCCUGCAAAUCAAGGAGAAGCGACCUGAACUGGGACGUGCUGGCACCGCUCCGGCUCGUGCAUUGGGCCUCGACUUGGAUGAGGAGCCACCCGCCGAUCAUGAGGCCCAGGACCAAGCCUACGAAGCGCACGACGAGGAGGCAUCGAGCAAGCGGCAACCUGCCCAAAAGAAGCCAAGUUGGCAGCGGCUCAAUACCCCUGAUCUCUGGGAGCAGCAGCUCAUGAUGGAACAGAUGUCCUCAGUGGCUUCGGGCAAGCGGACGCCGGCGCAGAAGAAGCCUAGCUGGCAGCGGAUUAAUACUCCAGAUCUGUGGGAGCAGCAGCUUAUGAUGGAAGCACAGCUGUCAGUUGACAAGCGUCUCGUGGUGGAGACGGGGUAUCCGGCUCCUGCGAGCCCAACUGCUCCUGCAGCUUCGACAUCUUUGAUGAGGCCAGUUGAUGCAACAACUGCAUCGACCCCUCCGGCUGCCUCUACCCUUGCAGCACCUCCACAGGCAGUUGCGCCAGAGGUGAGCUAUGUUGGAGUGCCUUUGUUGUUGGUGGCUCCAGAAAAUCCAAGCGUCCAAAUACCACAGCCGCCUUCACAACCCGAUCAGGGCCAAGAUGCAUCCUUGCCACAGGAGCAGCCAUGCUUGUUGGGUCGCACCACAUCGCCGCGACCUGGUGACAAAAAGCCGGCGCAGGGCAAGCAGAGGCAAGCGCAGGAGCUACCGGAGCCGCUGGCGCCCGGCACGCUGGAGUGCAAUCCUGCAGAGAGAGGCGGGCAACGUAUCCGCUGGUGCGUAGACGGACACAAGCUGGAGUCCCACGCGGAGAAGCUGAUCAGUCCGGAGUUUGAGCUGAAGGUAGGUCAAGAAUCGCAGCCCUUUCGGCUAAUGGUCCUGGCGACGGAGACGGGUGGACGACAUGGGGCUGGAUUCAAGAAGGCCAAGGGGCGUUGCAUGCUCGAGAUGAAGUGCCUAGGCUCCUUAGAGGGCGCGCCUGCAACAUCCAUGCUUGUGACUGCCGGCACGGGCAGCCGCAAGCAGAAAUCGCGGGAAGUUGUGAAGCAUAGCUUUGCUGACAAGAAUUGCUGCAUUUUGCCAAAAGGCCCGGAUCCUGUUUGGGAUCUAAAGGCAUCCCUUUGUAAAGAGACCAAGUCCAUUGACAUUUGUGUAGAGGUACGAUUUCAGCUGGUCUGGCGGUUCGUUUCCAGUUUGUUUCAGACCCGACUGUGGGAGCUUGACGGAGACGUCGUGAAGAUCGAUUGGAAGAAAUUUGGGAAGUACGAGCUGAAAUUCGAUCCGGCAACCAAGUCCAUGGACGGGAGCGCCAUUCCCAAGACCGAGGAUGAGAAGAACUGGCGUAAGGCUGCCUUCAAAAGCGCCUUGUCACCUGUUGAGGCUCUUCUGCUCGGAGACGGUGCUGGCUCUGAGUGGGACUUUGAAUGGUCAGGCGGCAAGUUUCCGGUGAAGUUCAAGGCAAUGCUUGCAUGGCAUGUGCAAACUGUGGGACUUGUUGCUUGUCACCAGGAUGAUGAUGUUGGCCAUCCAGGCUCUUGCCAGGCUGGGAGACUCGUAGACUGGCUACAGUCCUCGCCGGCUUUGCUGCGUCGACGUAUUUCCGGAGAGCACGUGGCCCGCAGCCACGGGCAGAACCGAUCUUCCUUGCUGCUGGGCAAGGCCAGUCAUGUUGGUGUCGUGAGAUGGAUGGUGUACGACAGGAGAAAGGUGAAGGUCAACCGCUCUCUCCCUGCGUAUGAAGCAUCAGAAGUCGAAAUCUGCAACACGUCCGCCACAUGCAACCGGCUCGAUGAGCAGAUGGAGCUUUUCCGAGCAGCUGUGGCCUCGCAGCACAGCGAUCGCUUGAGGAGAGCCAGGCUCUUAUCAAAAGUUGAGGCGAUUGCCAAGCAAUUGCUGGGGCCGGACGUGGAAGUUCUGGGGUAUGGCUCUUGCUUUACGGGCGUGGGAGAAAGCGAUGCCGAAGUUGAUGCGACUGUCUACAUCCCCAUGACACCUUCUCGGGCUGCUGAUGUGAAGACGGUCACUGUAACCAGGGCCCAACAGAUGCGCAGGAUACUGGCCAGAUGCUCGCAACUGGGGAUGCGGACGGCUGAUAACCUUGGGGCACGCACGGCAAGAUCAGCAAGCAUCGAGGAGUUUGCCUCGGUCCACCUGAGUGGCAACCUGUGGCGAGCCUACUCAGCCGGCCGAUGCAUAUUGAGCUGCCAGCGCCUGAUGCCACUGUACAGCUCCCAUUUGAUUCGUGCAUACCUGCAGCUGGAUCAAAGGCUCGAAAGCCUAAUCUUGGCGUUACGCCACUGGGCACGGAGUGCGGGCAUUGUCGGGAAAGAGGACGGACUCCUAUCGUCCUACACCCUUGCUCUCAUGGCAAUCUACUAUGUCCAAGUGUGCGACGGCCUACCAUCCCUGCACAAGCUGGCCAGAGCAGACGCCAGAGAACCUGAUCCGGACGACCGCUUUGACACGUGCUUCCUGACUUUUCAGGACGUGGCCGACAAGCCGCAUCAGGGCCCAAGCGGAAGGUCUUCUGCAGACCUGCUCGUGGAUUUCUUCGACUUCUUCUCUGAGAAGUUCAACUGGCAGCAAGAAGUGGUCUCUGUGCGCGAGGGGUCGCGGAAAACGACAGACGCACCUUGCUUUGCCAAUCUCUGGGGAAAAACGAGGAAAGCUGGCCUACAUGUCGAGGAUCCCAUCGAGUUGGGAAGAAACCUCAACAGCACCGUAAACCCUGACGUUGUGGAGCGUCUCAGAAAGCUCGUCAGGGAAGCCGCUGGCAAGGCUGCCAGCAAGAACCCGGACUUGGCGGAGUUGAUCUGUGUCGAUGGCAGCCCGAUGCCAAGUGCCGGUGCCUGUGAGCUGCCGCACCAGCUCCAGCCCAUGCGGCACAUGGAGCUACCGGAGCUCAUGCCACACGGCUCACGCAGCCACAGUUCGCAGUAUGAGUGCAUGGUCUGCGGCCAAACAUAUCCAGAUCUCUGGCUUCUUCGGCAACAUCAGGUUGACACUGGGCACUUCAACGCAGACGAUGCAAAGCAGCUUCAACUGAUUCGAAUUCGGAAGGACCAGGAUGCCGCCAAGGCCGCAGAAGCCUUAAACCGGCUAGAUCAUGCAAUGUCCGAGUCUUUUGAGUCUGAAGAGUGA